AGACACGGUUGAUAUUAUUGUCAUAGACAGCUGUUUGUAGUGUUUAUUCCUUUUCCUAUUUUGUAUUGUGUAUUGAAUUGAAUUCAAUUGAAAUGUUUAGCAUUGAAAGUUAGUGUUUGUUUGCGGGCUUGUUUUGAUCGAUGUAAAGUAAGAUAAUUCUAAAAGUUGUGGUUGUUUCUUGUAGGUUGGAUUUUAUGUUGUGUCCGGUUUUACAAAACACUGUAUGUUGUAAGAUAAUAACAAAACAAAUCCUUAGUAUGGAUAUCUCAACAUUUAUUUGACAAAGUGGGACUAUAAGUGUUUCAAAAAGUGAUCAGUGUACAAAACUUUAAAAGUGCAAAAAUAAUGAAGUUGUACAAAGUGGACUAUCUUGGCUAUGCAACAGCUGACAGGAGGCUGUCCAACCCUAUGAUACCAUGGAUUUUGGCCGAGAUUCGCAAAGGAACUUCUCUUCAAAAGGUGUCGGUGGGUGUGAAGAAUGGAUGUCUGAUAUGCUACAGCGAUGUGGCACGAGCCAGAGAUCCUCCUCUCUUGUCCCAUCCCCUACACUUGGUCUGUCGCCAUAUGAUGAUUCAUGGCAAUGUCACCAGUUUUGGCUAUUUUCUGCGAGAUCUCACAGAGUCCAUUCUUUACUGCUACCUUUUCCAGACACUUGAUCCAGAUGAUGCAGUAGACUUAAUGGCUGCGAUGAGGGACCAGGCGAACAGAACUACCAACCCGAUAGUUAGAACAUGCAGCAGUGCCGCCACCCUCACUUCUCUCUGUGCCGAUAUCUCACCCAGUUCCUCACACUUUUUUGAGGUUCUGUAUGUAGGAAAGGUAAAAGUGAACCAAAAGAAGGUCUGUGAUACUUUCAUAGAUGACACUUUAGACAAGUUCAGAAAUUACGAGUUAGAGAAGGAAAGGAAAAAUGCACUUCUGAACAACAAAGAUGAAGAACCUUCAAGUUGUCAGGAAUUGGAAGUAAAGGAUCAACAGAUAUCAGAAUCCCCUUCGUGUUCAAACUUGGCUGUGAUAUCCUCUUCCUCAGAUACCUCCCCACCCGAUAUAAACAAGACUGAUAGUCCAUCUACAGAUCCUCAAGAUGAAAUGCGGGCCAGGACAGGAUCAACCAGCAGUAACUCUGGAAGCCAGAGAACUGGAGAACAGAGAAGGAAAAGAAGUGGUAGUGGGUGUGGAGCCAAAGUGGAGGACAACCGCACCAUGGUGUUCCAGGUGGGGCAUAUGGAUCUACGACUCAUCAGUCCUGACAGGAAACAGGUCCUGCUGCACAAACAGAUCAAGGACAUUGUCUGUUGUGUCCAGGGGACCAAACACAACGCUCACUUUGGCUUCAUUUGCAAGGAGCCUGGUGUGGACUACAAUGUUGGCUAUGUCUUCAAGUGCCAGUCAGAAUCAGUGGCAGAUGAGCUUGUUGUAGCAAUCAGUCAAGCACAUGUGGCGGUUAGUGAAGCUAUCAGGAAGGAGAAACUGCCGGUUCUAUCAUGUGAUCAUUGCCCCAUGGUGUGGUACCACAAGCUGUGUGCUGACAUUGAGAGUGAAAGCGAGUGCAGGCCUGUAUAUUUCCGGCGGCUGGAGCUGUUGCCAGAGGAUGAACAGGAUGUGGUCCUGACCAAGCUGAGGGGGGCUGAGGCUCUCAAUGAUACCAGUGUUAAGGAGCAGAACGAACUGCUGAUGAUGCUACUUCGUGCCCACUGUGAGAGCAAACAGAGCAGACAUGUCCAUGACACCGCCGAGAACAGGCAUGAGUUCCUGAACCACUAUCUGGGCAGCAGUACAAUCUUUAUGAAAGCCAAACGUUCUCUGACAAGUUCGUUCGAUCAGCUGCUCAAGAGAAAGGGUUCCCGAGAUGACUUGGCUCCAGUAGAUACGUGCAAACCCAUUGUCAAGGAGCUCAGCCUUCCCAUGAAUGCAGCUCUCUGCAAGGACUCCAGCAGCACUGCUUCACCUGCCACCCCCUCCUCCUCCUCUCUGUUAUUAGAAGUUCCCCAGACACCCUCCAGACCUCGCAGCAGUACCAUCAGUUCUCUCCCUGACACGACGGAGACCGAAACUCACAAGUCUAGCCCUAUGAUGAACAUCUUCUUGAAGGUGGGAAACUCUCCGAAGGAAGAGCCAGAAAGUUCUAAUAGACAGUCAGGCUCGUGGAGACAAGCUAUAUUCAACACUGUGGUCACUCCAAAUAAAAGUCUCGUUCAAGAAAAGAACACGGUGCUGACUUCGCUGAGCAAAAGAGACAAGGCAGAUCUGAGAGCCCUGUGGCGAAAAGCAAUCAACCAGCAAGUUCUUCUCAUACGGAUGGAAAAGGAAAAUGCCAGGUUAAAAGCCCGGCAAGAAGAGGCAACAAUGAAACGGAUUAAACUGGAGUACGAUGACAUCGGGGCACUGGGUCGACAGAACAUCGAAGUCUGGGAAAUGAUCAUCAACAAGGAGGCCAGGAAGGCAGACGCUCAGAUCCUAACACAGGCGAUCCGACAGGGAGUGCCCCGGAGCAAGCGCGGGGAAAUCUGGUUGUACCUGGCUGAGAGACACUGUUCUCUGACUCCUCCUUUCGAUAGCUCCCGAUUCCCCAACUACAACACACACUAUGAAGAGUUGCUCAAGCAGCUCACCUCCCAGCAACAUGCUAUCCUUAUAGAUCUAGGACGCACGUUUCCAAACCACACAUAUUUCUCAUCCCCUCUGGGUCCAGGACAGUUGGCUCUGUACAACCUGCUGAAGGCCUACUCCCUCCUAGACCCGGACGUCGGUUAUUGCCAGGGGCUCUCUUUUGUUGCGGGCGUGCUUCUCCUACACAUGAGCGAGGACCAGGCGUUCUUCAUGCUGCGCCACCUGAUGUUCAGGCGACAGCUGCGAGCCCAGUACCUGCCUGACAUGGUGGCACUGCAGGUGGCGCUAUACCAGCUGUCCCGGCUAAUACAUGACCACCAGCCUGAGUUGUACGUCCACCUUGACCACCACGAGGUGGCACCCACGCUCUUUGCUGCUCCCUGGCUACUCACCGUCUUUGCCUCCCAGUUUCCACUCGGCUUUGUGACACGUGUUUUCGACCUGUUGUUUCUGGAGGGCAAAGAGGUUCUAUUCCGUGUGGCUCUGGCACUGCUGGGACAACACAAGGAAGGACUGCUGGCGUGUGACAGUUUUGAGCAGAUCAUGACCUAUCUCAAGACAACUGUGCCGCAUAUAGACAAGCCCAUCAUGGACAAGAUACUCAAGGAGGUGUUCCUGACGGACAUUUCGAAGAAGCUGCUGGAGUACGAGGUGGAGUACCAUGUGUUGCAGGAGGAAGUUAACACUCCACGGCCCGAAGUUAAGAGGGUCAAACAACUGGAGACCGCCAACAAGCAAUUACUGGUGCAGAACAGAUGUCUUACCGAACAACUUGAGAUGGCCACGAGCAACAUCAAUCGUCUGGAAACAAGCAGGUCAGCACACAUGCUACAGAUCAACAGACUGGAGUCACAAGUUCGCAGUCUGGAGGUGACAGUAACAACCCUUGGUGGGUUCAUAUCGACACUGGCCUACAACAACAGUGACCUUGAGAUUCCUGGCGAGAUACUCCGCAUCAUCGCUCAGAUCAAUGUCUCCGAGAGAAAGAGUUUACCGAACAACGUAGUGCGAGCAGGGAUGGUCACACGUAGUCUCCCGUUGAAAGUUCACGAUGACAACAGGAUAAGUCCACAGAAGGAUAAGAGGUCCCCACCUCCACUUAAGGCCACAGCCAGCUCGCCCAACCUGCAACCGAAAUCCUCCUUCUUCGCCAACUCCUUCAACCAGAUACAGCAGCAGAGGCUGGGGGACAAUGCGGACACUAGCCCUUUAAAGGGAAUGAAACAGUCUCUCUCCGAUUCCAGUAGUCUCAAACUGCUCAUGAGUGCUGAAGGCGGAAAAGAAUCGGCACAUGCAGGAAUUGCCAAACCCGAGUUGGCAAAGUUAGGGAGGGUAUUGACAGAAGACGACAGGAAAGCUCUACGCUUGAUGAAAGAAGAUUCAGAAUCUUUGAUCAAAUCGAAUUCAAUGCCUACUAGUGAUAGUAAACGUAAAAUUUUAAAGAGCUCUCAGAGUUCGUACGAACUGGGGAAAUCAGAGUCAGCAUCUGCAAUGUCGGAUCUUCCUUUAAAUUCGGACACUGUAAAUAUAUGUUUUGGUGGAACGACAAAACUGAGAACAAUUCGACCUUUAAAAACAAGAAAUGAAAGCUGUAGUAGUCUACCGAGUCCAUCUUCCAGUACAGGAUCUCUCUUUGACGUUCAGUCACCAAAUAAGAGAAUAGAACUGCAGAUAGUUGAACCCACCGAUGCCAUCUGCACCAACAACCCGGUGUUCGAAGAAAGUCCCGAUGCUCUUCUAUUCGGUGGGAAAAAUCUGCCAGUGGAAAGAAAUUUCGAAGUGAAAGGCAAGGAAGCUGAAAGAAUGAUCAAAUCCCAAGUGCCUGCUAAGCAACCUAGUUUACUGACCUAGCUUUCACUAUUCAGAAAAAACUAUCAGAGUAAAAAUGUACUCUAACUGAAUGAGGUGCUACCCUAAGAAUACUGUGCCAAAGUUUGUUGUAUAGUGGAAUUGUUACUAAGUACGUAAGUUUAAUGUCAUGACUCCAGAUUUAGAAUACAAACCCCUCUCUUAAUAAUUAUCUGUAAGUUAAGUUACUGUAAUCAUAGAUAGGAGCACAAUGAAGAUUAAAAACUCAAUAAUUAUAGUGUCUAAUUUUCUAAACAGAUCAGUAAGUAGGAUUAACAAAAACGGCAGUUUGAUCACAUAUGACUGAAGCGGUUUCUAGUGACACCAUUAACAUAUCAUUAAUUUAACAAAAUUUAUAGGUGUAUUAUCAACACCCCGCCAAUUCAGUAGUCUUCCAGAAUAUUUUUGUACCUUUAUCCACUUCAUAUAAGUUAAGUAUACUUUUGUUUUAAUGAACUGUACAAGUAAUGAAUGUACCUCUUCAGCCAAUAGAUAGAUUUUAUAUUACAAUUAUUGUGGAUCUUUAUGUAACAUUGUCAUCUGAGAUAUUUUACUGUGUGUAUACAAUUUUCAAUUGAUUCCAUUGUUGACAUUUUAGUGAUGUAUUUAUCACUUCAACAUCUCAAUAUGCGUAUUAUCCUUGUUUUUUCAUGAACCUGUUUUAAUUGAGCAUAAUACGUUUGUAUUUAUCAUCCAUAGCGUGCAAAUUUCUUGCUGAAGAAUUAAAUCUAUGUGAAAUUGAUGUAUACAUUCUGAUGUAAUGUGAUUUUUGUAUAUUUGGUUAGUUUAUUAUUGUAGUAUAGUAAGGCUGUAUUAUUAUUCUUUAUUAGAAUUUUGUUUAGGGAUUCAAUCUUUAUUUUUAUAUUUACAGUUAUUAAUUUUGUAUUGAUUGUUGCUAAAUUUAAUGUAGGUAUAAAUCCAAGGUAGCUCUAUGUUAUAAUAUCUCAUUAUUAGAGUUAAACCAAUAAUCCUAGUCAAUUGAGGUCAAUUUAACUAACCAAUUGUGAUUAAUAGUAAAAAAUAUAGUGUACCUUUAGUAGCAUAAUAUACAUAGUCUAAGUUUGUCUUUCAAGUGAAACAUUCAACAGAACUUUUAAAAUCUGUACUCCUAGAAAUAGAAAUGGUCAGGAUUGAAUUUAGAUUCUGGUUGGAUGUAAUGCAAAAUCAGCUUAGUCAGCUUGAGUUUUUCCACCCUGGGGUUAUGUUUACAAUAAAAUCAGAGAAUAAAUAUUGGUUUAUUCAUGAACAUUAAGAAUUAUUUAUAGUAUGAAUAAUUGGCUCACAUUCGGGUGAAAUUCAAACUGUUUUCAUUUGUAUGAAAGCUUUUCAUCAGUUUCAUAAACUCUACCAGGCUAUGACAGGAUUUCUUAAAUAUAUGAAUCUACACUCUAUAUAAAAAUCCAGGCAUAAUAUAUUACAUUGUACAAAACCAACUGUUUUUGUACUUUAGCUAAGCUCCUCGUAUAUGGCGUUUAGAACCAGUGAAAAUGAAAAUGAUUCCAUCUUUAGAAUCCAUAUUUAUAAAGUUUGUUGAAAUCAGAAGUAACAGUAACGUAAUGGACUAGUAAGCAAAUUUAGUUGAAUUAUAUCAAAGUUAAAAUAAAUAAUACAUAAAAAUUCGUAAAAUAUGAAAAUAUAUUUCCAUAAUAAAAACUGGAUUUUAAAAUUGGAAUUGAUUGCAAUUUUUAAUGUAAUUGGUUUAUUAUUACUAAGUGUAAGAAUAAUACCUGGUAAAAGUUGUUUUAAGCUAAUGUUAUACACUUCUAGCUUUUACAUUUUCACCAAAAAAAUGUUAAGGUGAAACUUCUAUUUGUACCUGUGUUGCAAUUAAGUGAAUUAUUUCCUGAUUAUAAGGCAAUAAAGUGUACUUGAAUGUUGUUUUCAAAGUGAGCUAGACACACUGGCAAACAUUUUGUAUCCCUCAUAAAAUGACUCAUUGUCAUUUCUAUAGUAUAUUUUAUUUUUUAGUUUAAGUUAAAAGUAAUAUUAAGAAAUUAGCAUUAUUUCAAUGUUAAUCAUCCCUGGAUCUGUCAUUUUAUUUAUUUUUUGCAUCAAUUUUGCUACUUAUGUAGCUCUUGAAGAGUAACGGAGUAUUAUUACUGUUCAAAAAUCAUUGCUAUGAGUCAUUGAGAAAAUAAAAAACAUUUUUGUAAUGGCUGAAAAAUAUAGAAGAUAGCAAAAUAAAGUUUUAUUUACAACAAA